UGGCCCGAACCAAGCAAACAGCGAGAAAGUCCACCGGAGGAAAAAAGCCUCGUAAAACAGCUGGCUACUAAGGCAGCUCGAAAGAGCGCUCCUGCUACUGGUGGCGUGAAAAAACCGCACCGUUACAGGCCAGGAACAGUGGCCCUCAGAGAGAUCCGUCGUUAUCAGAAGUCCACCGAGUUGCUGAUUCGCAAGUUACCGUUUCAGCGUCUUGUUCGAGAAAUCGCUCAGGAUUUCAAGACCGACUUGCGCUUUCAAAGCUCAGCCGUGCUGGCUCUUCAAGAGGCUAGCGAAGCCUACCUGGUCGGUCUUUUCGAGGACACCAACCUUUGCGCCAUUCACGCUAAACGUGUCACCAUCAUGCCUAAAGAUAUCCAGUUGGCUCGUAGGAUCCGGGGCGAACGUGCAUAACAGCUCAGCUCGGUUCUGACAAUCUCACAUUACAAACGGCUCCUUUAGGAGCCACCACCUGACAAUAAAGUUAAUGGCCAAUAAACUACUUCUUACCUUGUCUCUACUUAUUUCUUUAUUAUUACUUACUGAAAUGGAGACAGAAAUAAUUCUCAUACUCCACGCCGUUACAAGUUUUUUCGCGAUAAGGACACAGUAGAGUACUAGUAUCCCUAAACUUACCAAAAAUUAGUGAUUGCGCCCAACAACUCCUUAUUCGUUCAGUCUAUCUCUCUGCCUGUCUUCCUAUGUUGACGUUUACAAUCCAUCUCAUUUUCAAAGAACUUAGCAAACAUCUUAGAGGUAACAGAUCUAUCGCGAUCAGUAGUAACUGAUCCCUCUGCGGUCCGCUAUAACAACUUAAAAAAAGAGUUGCGCAAGUAACCAACAUUAGCUAUCGCUGUGGAGACUAUAACGAGACAUGUCUGUCAAAAGCACCCAGAAGAAAGCUUCUAAACAGCCGGCCGAACACCCUAAGUAUGCAGAAAUGAUCAUACAAGCCCUUCACGCCCUGAAAGAUCGUAAUGGUUCUUCACGUCAGGCUGUCGACAAGUACGUUAAGAACCAUUUCAAAGUGGGAGACAAAGCAAGUCAUUUUAUUAAAAUGGCUCUUAAGAGAGGCGUGGAGAAUGGUCAAUUUAUCAACACCAAAGGGUCCGGAGCUUCAGGUUCUUUCAAGGUCAACAAAGAAGUAAAGAAAGCAAAGGCAGCCAAAGACCUGGCGAAGAAGACCAAAACCGCCGAUCCAGCCAACAAACCAAAAAUAAAGAAGGUCGCCGCGAAAGAAAAGACCGCCCGCAAACCAACCGAGAAAACCAAGAAAUCGCCGGGUAAGAAAGUUUCCAGCAGCAAGAAGAAGACACCUCUCGUGCCAAAGAAGACUGCCACAAAGAAGCCGUUGCCUAAGAAAGCGAAAAAAGCAAAGCCUCGGUUAAAAAAUCAGCCAACAAGAAAGUCAGUGGCAAGUAAAACUCGCCCACUUAUUCAACUACCGGCUCCUUUAGGAGCCACCAAAUAAAGAAAAGUCAUCACCAAUAUCACCUCUAGUAUGUUGACCUUAGGUCACCUUCACCUAUAGCACAGUAUUUAUUUCUCCUUUGCCGAAACUGAUUUCGUUUUUUGUUAAGCAGAAGGUUACUUGAACCGCGGCUUAGAGACGCCUUAAAAAAGUAAACAAAAAAAAGCCACUCCAUAAGAUCAGAUCAGAUCAGAUCAGAUAAGAUAAAUAAUACUUUUUAUUCGAAGUGGUCAGUACAUGCACCUUGGUCAAGAAACUGGUUAUCAGGUACCCGGGUAAUGAAAACUACCGUAAACGUCAAUAUUCAAUAGUAAGAAUCCCUCCCGCUUAACUGAUUUGAAGUAUUAAAACCCUUACAUCCCGGAAAAUAUAUAUUUGCAGCCUGGUAAACCGUUUUCUUGUUCUCAAGUGCAGUACCGAAAUGACCUGUUCAUGCCUGUAACACUUUUUUAAGUAACGUUGUUUUACGAACUACUUCAGUUGAUUCUCUGGCGUGGUGUAGUGGUCAUCGCGCUGGGAAGGAGAUCGUGCGGAAACUGUUGGGUUCGGUGCGUGUUGUCAACCAGCAAUCGUUUUAUUGUUUUUUUUUUUUUUUCUUUUCUCUUUUGCUUACAAAAAAUCAUCUUUUAAAACCUUUAUCUGUGUGUUUUUUAUGUAAAAAGUAAAGUUGAACAGGUAAAUAGAGGAAUGAUUUGUUCGUUCCUUGACAUUUUUAAUGGGAGCAAGUGUGCGAAGAGUUUCAGGGUUUAUAAUGACGAUUGAAAACUCUAAGAAACUGUGUUGAUCAUUGCUUUUUGACAUUUGGUGGCUCCUAAAAGAGCCGUUGUUUAGAUCUGGUAUUGAAGAAUGGACUUCACUUGCUACUAGUGUACUUCGUGACGGCCUUGGUACCCUCACUGACUGCGUGCUUUGCGAGUUCUCCUGGAAGGAGCAGUCUGAUGGCUGUCUGAAUCUCGCGGGAGCUGAUAGUGGACUUCUUGUUGUAGUGGGCUAGACGGGAGGAUUCUGUAGCAAUGCGCUCAAAGAUAUCGUUCACGAAAGAGUUCAUGAUACCCAUUGCUUUGCUGGAGAUUCCGGUGUCAGGAUGUACCUGCUUCAACACUUUGUAGAUGUAGAUCGCAUAACUCUCCUUCCGUUUCGAUCGCCGUUUUUUUCGUACUGUCGCCCGACGUGGAUUUUGCCUUACCGCCGCUCUUCUUCUCUCCUUUUUUUAGCUGCAAUCGGUUUAGGUGCCAUGGUAAAGAAAGAUAUCUCUGCCUUUUCGAAAUAGAGUUUGGUAAUUCGGGAUAUCACAGUUUCUAUUUAUGUUGCCAAAUUCAAUAGGAUCAAUUAAUAUGCGGAUCGCAAGUUCUCGUCGGUGAUUGGUGUCUUUUUUUUCUCGGUGUAAACAAUGGAGCGUGCCGCCAAUCGACACAAAGAGAACAAUUGCAAGGCUAGAAUUUCUUUUAUGAGCCAAUGUAAGACUUUUGAUUGGUGCAAUCUGAUCCACGAAACGCAGUCCGCGCGUGAUAAAUUAUGGCGGCCGAAGUCAUGUCUUGGAAAACAGUCUCCUGAAACUUAAACUGAAACUUAAGAUACGAGUUACUCGACAAAAUGACCGGACGAGGAAAAGGUAAAGCCCAGGGCACCAAGUCAAAGACUCGUUCUUCCAGGGCAGGUCUACAGUUUCCUGUUGGUCGCAUCCAUCGCCUUCUUCGUAAAAAGCAACUACGCUGAACGCGUCGGAGCCGGUGCUCCCGUGUACUUGGCUGCCGUACUUGAGUAUCUGAGUGCUGAGAUCCUCGAGUUAGCAGGAAACGCAGCACGCGACAACAAGAAGUCAAGAAUCAUUCCUCGUCACCUCCAGUUGGCUGUGCGAAAUGACGAAGAAUUAAACAAACUCCUUGCCGGUGUCACCAUCGCUCAAGGCGGUGUUCUUCCCAACAUUCAGGCAGUAUUACUACCUAAAAAGACAGAGAAAAACAACACUAAGCGACGGCAACAACCAUAAAUACAAACGGCUCUUUUAGGAGCCACCAAGUCUAGAAUAAAGUCAUGACCAAUCACGAUAUAAAUUUGUAAUCUACCCCCCAAAUAGUAUUCGCCGUCUAAGUUUGGGGUUAAUAACUCGAUCGAUACUUAGCCACAAAUAAUUAUGUCUCGCGGAAACUCGCUAUUUCUAUUUGUUUUUGCAUGGUUCCAUGUUGCUAGUUUUGUUCAUAAAUGCGUAUACCAAAGCAUAUUUAGCGCUAUUUCGGCUAUCGCAUGUAAGAAACAAACAACAGCAACCACAGCAUUAUUUGAAAACUGAAACCAGUCUUAGGUCAGUUUAGCUCGGUGUAACAUGAAUUUAAAGACUGAUGUGAUUAUAUCAUGAAAGUUGAAAUUGCGUUUGCUUUCUAUGCAGGUUUCAUUCGCGCUGUUUCCAACAGGUUUUUAUACGAACUUCGAGGUACAUACCAAGCGACAAUCGAACAACUUUCUGCUCUUUUUAAACGAGUACACAAUUAAUCGCAUUCCUACCAACCGGGAACAAACAUUGCUGCUACUACUGAGCUUGAAAUGUUGUUUUCUUUGCCUAAAAAUUACAAGAGAUCGUCGUGAUUUCCUUCGGUACACAAGCUGUUUACGUAAAAUAAACUAACACAGUUAUAAACCGUCGUCGGUAACGACACAAACCAGCUUGCUCUCUUAAUUCUGCCACAACAACAACGUACAACAACAGUUUAUUCACUAACUAAUUAAAGACAAAAGCUUUACAGUAUUGUAUGCCCCGCAAAAAGCUAUGAGGCUAAUCUAGACGGGAAAAAAAAAAUAUUUCCCUGUAUAAGUAACGACUGCGCUGCUGUAAAGUCACUAAAAAAGAAAAAACUGGCGUGGACGCACCCAGUAAAUAAAGCGCUGAAUCGAUUUCAGGUGUAUGUUGACUUGUUGAUAUGUAUAUAAACCUUCAGCAAUGAUCGUAAUGAAAACAAAUUCUCUUAUCACGUAUUGGUCAGAGCUUUUCAUACAUUUGUUGGCUCCUAAAAAAGAGCCGUUGGUUUAAGUGUUGAUCAGGGAUUACAGUGUAUUCUAACCCCCAAAACCGUACAGAGUACGUCCUUGUCGUUCAGAGCGUAUACUACGUCCAUGGCUGUAACGGUCUUACGCUUGGCGUGCUCGGUGUAGGUCACGGCAUCGCGGAUAACGUUCUCAAGGAAAACUUUCAGAACACCGCGUGUCUCCUCGUAGAUCAGUCCAGAAAUUCGCUUUACACCCCCCACGGCGAGCGAGACGACGGAUCGCUGGCUUGGUAAUUCCUUGGAUAUUAUCGCGUAGAAUCUUACGAUGACGCUUAGCACCACCUUUGCCCAAGCCUUUACCUCCUUUGCCGCGACCGGACAUUCUCGGUUGUCUGAAUUAUCGUCAAGGUUUAAAAAGGGAAAGGUCUCGCUCUAUGUUAAAUUACUGCAGAACAGAAAUUACUUUUCAAUCUAUACCCUUCAAUCUGACCUCUCGGGAAACAUUAUUUCUUGUAUUUACAUAGAUUUGUUCUUAGUAAAAGGACAACAAAAAAAUAUUAUAAUUUUCUUUCGCCCCACUGUCUAUUGUUGGGCAUGCAAAUCAAAGCAGGGUGUCUCCGAAGCCGAACCAAUCAGAAAUGCAUAAAUCCUUAAAUAUCCAAUCGGCUUGCGACAGCCUCCUGAUAAAUCGCGGCCAUAAAAAUUGCCCAGCUUUCACAUAGAGCCUUUAAUCUUCUGAACAUCAGUUUCACAGUCAUGGCCCGAACCAAGCAAACAGCGAGAAAGUCCACCGGAGGAAAAGCGCCUCGUAAACAGCUGGCUACUAAGGCAGCUCGAAAGAGCGCUCCUGCUACUGGUGGCGUGAAAAAAACCGCACCGUUACAGGCCAGGAACAGUGGCCCUCAGAGAGAUCCGUCGUUAUCAGAAGUCCACCGAGUUGCUGAUUCGCAAGUUACCGUUUCAGCGUCUUGUUCGAGAAAUCGCUCAGGAUUUCAAGACCGACUUGCGCUUUCAAAGCUCAGCCGUGCUGGCUCUUCAAGAGGCUAG